CAUGAUUCUUCUUGAGCCGCACAAUGUCAUCAUACAAACAACCAUCUUGGAGAAACUGCAGAGACCAGGGAACGUGGAUGUCGUCUUCGUUGACUACGACAAUGUUCGAUUUCAUCUGUCCACCCCGGAACGCAAGACCUCCCUCCUCCUUUCGAUGAACAUCCGGUGCUGGGAUGAACUUGUGCAACAUGGAGCCCUUGAGGUCUUGAAGCGAGAAUACGGGAGUCUCUUGUCGAGCCAGGUCGAGCCAGAUUACAAUGUCAGCUUGGUGAUCGAUCUUGAGCAGGUUCCAAGUGAUGCAGAAUCUCGGGAGGCCUUUGUAACAUCACUUUCAUUGCUUAAGCGUAAUGCUCUUGCGGCACCCUUUGAACGCGGAUUUGCAACUCAGAAGCGAUUGGAGUCUUCAGGAGGACAAGGAGAACUGAUGCAGGUUCACUACCGAGAUGAAGAGGCGAUGUUCAUCCAGGCGGCACCUGAUCGUGUCACUGUAAUAUUUUCUACUGUCUUCAGAGAAGAGACAGAUAGGAUUUUCGGCAAAGUGUUCUUACAGGAAUUCGUCGAUGCCAGGCGCCAACCUUCCAUCCAAAACGCACCGCAAGUUUUGUAUUCAAACCGUGAUCCUCCCUUGGAAAUUCGUCAUGUUCCUGGCCUUCGAAACAGCGAAGAUAUUGGCUAUGUUACCUUCGUUCUAUUCCCUCGCCACUUCGCCAACCCGUCUGUUCAAGCGGCUACUAUUUCGCAUAUUCAACUGUUCCGCGAUUACUUGCACUACCACAUCAAGUGCUCAAAGGCAUACAUGCACUCCAGGAUGCGACAUCGCGUCACUGAGUUCCAGAAGGUCCUCAACAGGGCGAAGACGGAAGUGGCAACGACAGAAAGGAAAACGGCCAGUGGAAGGACAAUGGUCAGCCGCUG